UUCUAUUUUCGUGGCAGCAAUCAAGACUGGAUAUUUCUUUAUCGAGCUCCUUAUUGGCAGAUGUCUUAUUUUCAUUAUUCCUCUGUUUUCACCUAUGUUAGCAGGUUUUCAGUUUGGAUCAGGUGCCUUAUACUCAUCUAUUUUUGAGAUGACUUUUCAUUGCCAACUCGAUUUUGCUGUUUCUUCUUCUCAUGCAGUACUUAUUUAUGUGCCAGCAACAGGCUUAUUUACAUGGCUUACAGGUCUCUCAAAAUUAACUUCUAACUUUAUGUUAGCUUUGAUGCUUGGGACUCAGUAUGUUGGUUUAAGCAAGUACAAAUUCUUUAUGGCACUGGUUUAUUAG